AUGUCUAUGAUGUUCUUUGUGCAACCGGACUGCCCUUCCAGAUUCGCUCACCCGGACGAGCAUCGCAUCAAGGGCCUCAACGCUGAGGCUCUCGCCCGCAUCUUGCUACCUCCCCCGUCGUGGCUACUGACCACCAAAUACGAACCCCUCCGAGCAGAUACCGGCGAAGCGCCGACUUCCAUUUUCUUCAGUCUCAACCUCUCCAUAUACAGUCAAUCAAUUGUAUCUUGCGAAUGGACCGAAGAGUGGUUCUUCAUGAAUGGGCGCGUCCAUCCCUACGCUCUUGCCUGGGAGGUUGAGCAGCACGACGGUCUUGAGUCCGACACAGGUGGCACUCUUCUGUAUACCAUGCCCGCCCUUGUCGUUCGCGACCAAGGAUACCAGCCCGUCCUCCCCAGGCUCUUUGCCUCCAUGAACAGCUUCCCGUGUGUCCCGCCUGUCGUUUCUUUCACCGGGCUCAUUGCUGGCCCAGGCCACUCCUUGCUGCGCAAAGACCUCCUGCCGGACCUGGACGACACCCAACUCAAGUGCUGCGGCUUCAUUCAGCUUUUUGUAACGGUCUCAACUGAGUGUGUUGACAACUAG